AUGUCAGCCUACAUAUCCAAUGUAGGCAACAUUCAGGAUCCGGGUGCCCCUGCACGGAUCGUCAAGGAAGGCCUUUGCUUAUUGGCGAAAAAGUCCCAGAGUACAUCUGAUGAGCAACAUCUGCCCACACCGCUUCUCAUCGACUCAGCAUGCACAUGGGGGAUCGAGCGGUCAUACAAGAAACUGCUGAACUCUCUACUUCUCGAGCAACAGAGCAGGUUCGGUCUGAUGUAG